UACCAAAUCCACUCACAAGGCUUAGUUAGAAUGGCCCGAGGCUAUAAUAGAAGACACUUGCCUUAAGGUGUUAUACAGUAGGACUGAACCUGGAAUCAUGUGGUUGGGAAGCAAGCUUCUUACCACUCAACCAUGCCUACAUCUACAAGAUAUCAAUUAAAAAGUCUUUGACACAUGGGAUCUAAAAUAAUAAAAUGAACCUCGAGGUAAAACUGACAAGGAAAUAAUUGAGGCAGUUUAAUGCUACAUUAAUUGAGAAACCCAUUGUUAAAUUCUAAAAUGGAUAUAAAUUCUGCAUUGUUUGUGUUCUGUUUGGCAAUGGAACCUAAAGAAGAAGGUUCAGAUGAGGAAAGAAAACCAUGUGUUGUGUAUAGCUAUCCUAAAAAAGAUAACUUUCUUCUGGAAACAGAAGCCAUGUUGGUUGUCUUGUGUAAUGUAAUGGAAGAUCUAACUGGAAAACCUGCAAAUGCUUCCGUAUUAACUUGCGAAGGCGGGAAACACUUACAAGUGAAAUAUCAUAAAGAAGGUCAAAGAACUGUGAUAUUUGUGGUUAAAUCUCAAGUGCUUUGUAAUAAAACUAUUACCAGUCUGUUUGAAAGUAUCAUGCAUCUUAUAUUUGUUUUGUAUGGUUCUGUUGAAAAUGCAUUCCUUAGAAAGAAAUUCCAUGAAAAAUUGAAUGGAAUUUUUUCAUCUGCAGAAGAAGAGUUAAUUAAUUUAUUCAAAUCGUCUUCUGAGACAAUUUUAAACCUUGGCUUUGAGUAUAUUUCGAUGCAUAUUUUACCUACAUUUUACCAAGAUAAUUUGAAUAAAAUCCUCUCUGAUUUAGAAUCAAAACACCCAGAAUAUGAAGAAUUUAGAACUAGAGAUUGUUGCCAACACAGAAAGCAGUUCUUUCUAGUUGGUUCUUGUGUGUUUUUCAAUGAAUAUUUACUCUGUAAUCAUUUAUCUCCAAGAAAUUUGGAAGAUGUCUACGUUUACUUGAAGUUUAACAGACUUUUAUCUCAACAGACAAGUCAGCAGAUAAUUUUAUGGAGAGAAAUUCACUUGACAGGAAAUAAAACACAAAAAGGUGUUGCUUUGGGAUACAUUGAGCAACCUUCUCAAUGCUAUCUUUUGGUAGUUUACCACAAACCUUAUUUUCUAGCCACAUUACUGCAAUCUCCAAAGUCUCUCCUUGGUAAAAAUACCAUUUCUUCAUCAACAUUACCACCAUCACCCCCACCAUUGUAUAUCGAAAGACUAAAAGCAACUCUUUCACAAAUAGAAUCAACCAUUCUUUGUUUCAGUGACAAUUGUAUGGAUGGCAACAAAAAUGAUGGCAAGAUGAAAGAUUUAUCUUUUGCAGAUCAGAUUGCAUCAUUGUUCAAAUCACCAAUCAACAAACAGAAAAAACCUUGUAAUUUGGCACGAAAUCCUACUGAAUACUCCAAGUAUGCAGACAUUUCAAAUCUAACCAUAUCCCCUACCUGCAUGGUUACUCCCAAAGAAAAUUCAAGAACACCUUACCGGAUGAAUCCAAAAUAUUCAUCCAACCUCACAGUAUCCCCCAAUUCCUCUCCAUACAAAAUUCAGACUCAAAGUAAUGCUGAAACUUCAGAUUUUCAACAUGAAAUAACACUUCAAAGUCAAAGACAUUCUGAAACCAAACUGAACAGUUUAAACUUUGUUAAUUUUACUUCAUUGCAUUCUCGAUAUCCCUGUUGCUUUGGUGUGGUUGCAGUUCUUUAUUUGCAGGCAAGUAAAGAUGGUAUGUCAACGGGAAUACAUAUUAAUGGAUGUUGUGACAUUCAUUCAGAUAUCAAGUCUGAUCUUACCAGGUGCUGCAUUUUAAUUAUGGAACAUUUCAAAAACUCAAAACUGUUUGAGAAAAAAAAACAAAGAUCAAGAUUGGCCACCACUCAUGGAACCAGUCGUCAAAGAAUCCUUGAAUAUGGUGUCCUUCUACGAAAAGAGGCUGUGAACGAACAUAAAGUGAAGGAAACUCAAAAUACAGACUUUUGGGUGGUGGGUAAACGAAUAUGUCACGAUAAGGGGAAUGUGCAACAAACAGUUCUUGUUUGUUUUCAGGACAGGAUUGAGCAGAGUCUUGUAGAGCUGGCAUUCAAUCUUCCAUUUGGCCUUAACUGGAUGGAGUGAUUUUAAAAGUGAGUUUCUCAGUGGUGAAGAUUUCUGUCUUAUGAAACACUUUAAGUUGAUGAAAAACUGCCGAGAUGAGAAAGUAUGUCUAUGCCAAGUCAGACAGACAGAGGCUAUCCAUGUCUGAUCUUCACUUAUGUGAGUUUAAGACUGUCAAAUAGGUAAUCUAUCUGUGAGCUUCUCUCAUUUAUGGUCAAGUCAGCCAGACAGAGGCCAGUUUUUUCUCAAAUGUAUCAAAGUUAAGUCAGUCAGACAGAGGCCAUCCGUAUCUGAGCUGUAUUCAUAUAAUGUCAAAUCAGUCAAUGCACAUAGAUUAAGUCAGUCAUAUAGAGGACAGCUUUCUCUGUGCCAUAUCCAACUCCUUUUUGAACAUCAUCACUUUUGGAUAAAGUAGUAAGUUAUAAUUCCACAAGAUCAUAUGUUAGGAUAGAUCCUUCGGUAUCUACCAUUCUCGGUGUUACCGAGGGCAGUUGUCUUGCCUGGUCUAUGACAUUCGGCUGUUUCUUAACACUUGGCGUCAUGUGGCGAGCUUUCCCCCGGAUGCUAUCUCGUAAUAAAUUUGUUGUAUAAAUAAAAUGUAUACUCUAUAUACAUGCGACCGAUAGACUAUGUUUACAUUACUUGUGUUGUUUUUAAUUUGUAAUUUUUUAAAUACAAAUUCGCUCUCGAAAAAAAAAAGAAAAGUUCCCUGCAGACGCUGGCCGCUAUUGAAGGGAAAUAACUAUGUUAGCUCGACAGACAAUU